GGCUCAGAUCUUCUUGCGACCCCCCCUUUUUUCCAGCAUGGCAGAGCAGCCGACCCACGAGCUGCUGGCGUUCCUCCGCCCAGAUACCCGUGUGGACCUGAAGGACCGGGCCACGCACUAUGUGAUGGGGCUCACAGGCGACCCGGAGGGCAGGCGGCUGCUGGCCUCGGAUCCGGAACUUGUGUCCGCCCUGCUGGCCCUGACCAGCGACCGCUCCCCCUGCAUGGCCACGGACGCUUACCUCGCCCUCAUCAACCUGGCCACGGAGCCCGCUGCCCACGGGGCCCUGAAGGAAGGGCUUCCCGUCCUGCUGAAGCGCUUGCUGGAUCCGGCCUUCCCCAUGGCCAACGAGGUCUGCACGCUGCUCUCCAACCUGUCACGGGAGGAGGCCUCGUGCAGAGCGCUCUUGGCUGCCCUCCAGCAGGAGAGCCCGGGGGGGCUGCCGGCCCUGGUGGACGCCUUCUGCACCGAAGACUUCAACCCCGAGGCCUCACUGCACUACCUGGGGCCCUUGCUGUCGAACCUCAGCCAGCUGCCGGAAGCCCGAGAUUUCCUCUUGGACAGAUCCAGGUGUGUGGUGCAGAGGUUGCUGCCUUUCACACAGUACUCACGCUCAUCCAUCCGCCGAGGAGGGGUGGUGGGCACGCUCCGCAACUGCUGCUUUGAAUAUGGGCACCACGAGUGGCUGCUGAGCGAAGAGGUGGACGUCCUCCCCUUCCUCCUCCUCCCUUUGGCUGGACCUGAGGAGUUUCCGGAGGACGAGAUGGAAAGGCUGCCCCUGGACCUCCAGUACUUGCCAGCGGAGAAGAAGAGGGAGCCAGACCCCGACAUCCGCAAGAUGCUGCUGGAGGCCAUUAUGCUGCUCACAGCCACCAAGCCGGGGCGCCGACUGGUGCGAGAGAAAGGCACCUACCUCAUCCUGCGGGAGCUGCACAAGUGGGAAAAGGACCCAGGUGUCCUGGCCGCCUGCGAAAAGCUGAUUCAGGUCCUCAUUGGGGACGAGCCGGAGGCCGGGAUGGAGAACCUGCUGGAGGUGGAGAUCCCUGCGGAGCUGGAGGAGCAGCUGCAGCGCCUGGAUCUGGAGGAGGAAGAUCAGCUGCAGCAGCAGCAGCAGUGCAGUAGCCAAGCCUCCGGCUCUGAAGGGCUGCAGAGAUGAGGCGCAGAUAACUGGGACAACAAAGACCCCGAACAAAGACUCCUUCUCUCCCUCCGCCCCCGGCCAACCUUGAGGCCAAAGCCCCUGAUACUGCAAAGGAGAGCUGGCCAAGGAGCAGCCAGCAGUGGGGCGACAGAACUGAGCCCCACCAGGAAUGGAAAGGGCAGGAGGUGGAGCGUGGGCCCUCCCUGCCAGCAGUUUGUCCAGGCAGAGCUGGGUGCCCUUCCUGGGCCGGGAGGGGGCUGGCCUGCCCAGGGCGGGGGGUGUUUUCAUUUUGAUAAUUUUGUGGUUUUUAUGUUGAGCUUUUCUGUGAACCGCCCUGGGACCUCCAGGUAUAGGGAGUUAUAUAAUUUCAAUAAACAAAUAAUAAUAAUUCUGCCACCACCUACAGAAAGAGGGCGAUGAGUUGGCAGCCCCAAGGACUCUACUGCCCUCCAAUAAAAUGUUUGCCAGCACAGAAA